AUGACAACAGCACCAAAGAGCUAUGCUCUAAGAGGCGUAUGUGGGUCUGGGUGCAGUACAACACGAUUUCAUGACGAUGGCACUGUGGGUCAACGAAAAGUUGGUCACCUGUAUAAAUCUAAGCAUGUGGCUGCCGCGUUGCAUUCGAUACAACACAACCUAGCAUUCAUGUUUAGCAGCCCCUGA